GCAGCGAAAAAAUUCACUUGUAACAUGCCCGAGUGUGCAGGCCUUACAUUUGGUCGCUCGGCAGAACUUCGAAGGCACAAUACAUCUUUUCAUCCUCGACGGGACAACGCCAUUUGGUGCCCGGUGCUCGAUUGCAACCGCAGCCUCAUGUACGGCAAUCGCCCGUUUCUAGCUCGGGAAGACAAACUGAAAGAGCACAUCAAGAAGAUGCACAAG